CCCAGACCAGCCUCUGCAGUCCUUCCCCCUUUACGACUCACGACCCCCGAUUUCAAGUUCUCACUUCUCUCCUGACACGCUCACACAUCCGAGUCCCCAAUCAUGGCCGCGCAUCACUUCUGCUGCUGUCUGCCCCUACGUCUCGGCGCCUUUCUUAUCUCCCUCUUCCAAUUCCUCCUCUCGGGAAUCGCUGCAGCAGCACUAUGGUACGGUUUGGCACACUGGCCAAGCGACGUUAGCGCCAAACUCAAGGGUGCAACGGUGGGAGCGGGUGUUUAUUAUACAAUCCUCGCCCUUGCCGCCUUCAUAGGGUUCAUUGGCACGAUCCGCCGCUCGAUCAAAAUGCUCUCGACCUACAGCUUCUGGCUCGGAUGGGCGCUCGGACUCCAAAUAGCUCUGGACGCAUUCCUCCUCUACGCAUACUUCACGACCCCGAGAGAAGACCUUGUGCGAAACUGCGUGAAGGACUCGACCGACCAAAACGUCAUCAACUCGUGCAACAGCGCGUUCAAUGUCGGGAAAGGCGCGAUGAUCGGUGGCGUCGUCGUCAAUUUGUUGAUCCAGGCAUAUGCUGUCUACAUCGUAUCCUCCUACGGCAAGAAGCUCGAGCUCGAGCAUGCUUGGACUUCCAACGUACCUCUCGACGCCGGCUACAAAUAUGUCGCCACGGGUCGCGCCAGCACCGAAGGGCUCACCGCACCCCAUUACACAUACCCCUACGCCGAUGGCAGCAACUCGUUUGGCCAUUCUGGCGCGCAGUAUGACCCACCCGCGCCUCACGCCCAUCACGCCCAAAAUGUCUAGGUGUCACCGUUCUGAGGGAUGGCGAAGCAGAUCGGAGCCAGAGUCGUGUAAGAUAUUCGGGACUAAGUAUAUACCCAGUUUGUUGUGGCAUGCUCACGGACGAUCUUGUGUUUUUGAUGCUUGUUGCCUACCCACCUUGUACUCGUAUGUAGUAAUUAAUUUGUCCAGGCAAACAAACAAGGCCAUUUCAGGCUAGCGUUUAC